GGGUCAGUUGGGAUCCCUGAAGUAUGGAAGGGGGCUCUGACCAAGUUUAGAAAAGCGUUGGGGUGAAGCCGGAGGGCGUGGUGGUACACGCCUGUGAUCUCAGGAUUUGGGAGGUGGAGGCAGGAGGAUAAGACAGUCAAGGUCUGUCGCCUGAAUUUGAGUUGCAAGAGACCCCAUCUGAAAGAAAAAAAAAUAAAGAAGAAGAAAGAAGGCCCGGAGUAUCUUGAAUUUGCUCCGCUGCUUCUUUUUAAAAGCAAGAUUACAUCUCUAGCUCUGACCGGCUUCUCCAGGGCGUGAUCCUUGAGGAAGGACAAGCCAGUUCUUGCAAUUCUAGAAUCAUGGCUCAUGGUGAGGUGAUGUUCAGAGACGUGACUGUGAACUUUUCUCAGGAAGAGUGGGAAUGCCUGAAUCCUCAGGAGCGGGAUCUGUACAAAGAUGUGAUGUUAGAGAACUACAGCCACCUGGUGUCCCUGGCAGGAUGUUCCAUCUCUAAGCCAGAUGUGAUCAUCCUGUUGGAACAAGGGAAAGAGCCCUGGAUGAUUGUGAGGGAGGAGAAGAGAAGGUGGAGCCAAGAUCUGGAAUCUAGGUAUAGCAGCAAAGUGUUAUUUCAAGAAAAUAAUACUUAUGAAAUUAAUUUAUCUCCAUGGAAGAUAAUAGAAAGAAUUAAAAGGCAUGGCCUCGAAGACUCCUUUUAUGGGAAAGAAUUUGAAUAUAAAAUGUGUGAAGAACAAGAGAGUUCUCAUAGAGUAUAUUCCAGGCAAAUGACAAAACCCACCCGUGGAAAAAGACCUAUGUACAGAAAACGCUCACCUGUUGGUCUCUAUCAGAAAAAUAGCAGAGAAAAGCCCUACGGUUGUGGGGAGUGUGGAAAGGCUUUCAGAGUCCGCCAGCAGCUUACUUUCCAUCAGAGAAUCCACACCGGUGAGAAACCCUACGAAUGCAAAGAAUGCGGAAAAGCUUUCAGACAGUGCGCCCACCUUAGCCGACACCAGAGGAUUCACACAUCUGACAAGCUCUACGAAUGCAAGAAAUGCACAGAGAUCUUCUCGUGCAGCUCAGACCUCCGCGGACACCAAAGAAGUCACGUUGGCGAGAAGCCCUAUGAGUGUCAAGAGUGCGGGAAGGCCUUCCGAGUGCGGGGACAGCUUAGUCUCCACCAGCGGAUCCACACGGGCGAGAAGCCCUACGAGUGCAGGCAGUGCGGGAAGACCUUCCGCCAGUACGCGCACCUUACCCGGCACCAGAGGCUCAGCAGUGCCGGCACAAGCUACAAAUGCGACGAGUGUAGUCAGACUUUCCUGUGCAGCACGGGCCUGCGGCUGCAUCACAAACUGCACACGGGAGAGAAGCCCUACAGCUGUGCGGAGUGUGGGAAGGCCUUCCGCGUGCGGCAGCAGCUCACCCUGCACGAGCGGAUCCACACGGGCGAGAAGCCCUUUGACUGCAAGGAGUGCGGGAAGAGCUUCAGCCGCGGCUAUCAUCUGACGCUUCACCAGAGGAUCCACACCGGGGAGAAGCCGUACGAGUGUAAGGAGUGCCAGAAGUUCUUCCGCCGGUACUCGGAGCUCAUCUCCCACCAGGGUAUUCACGUCGGGGAUAAGCCGUAUGACUGCAAGGAAUGCGGGAAGGCCUUUCGGCUCUUCUCACAGCUGACUCAACACCAGAGUAUCCAUUUUGGUGAGAAGCCGUACAAAUGUUUGGAAUGUGAGAAAACUUUCCGACUGCUCUCGCAGCUUACUCAACAUCAGAGCAUCCACACGGGUGAGAAACCGUACGACUGCCAGGAGUGUGGGAAAGCCUUUCGACUCCACUCGUCACUAAUCCAGCACCAGAGAAUCCAUUCCGGCGAGAAACCGUACGAAUGUAUGGAGUGUAAGAAGGCCUUCAGACAACACUCGCACCUCACCUAUCACCAGCGAAUUCACAAGAAUUCUUAAGGACCUUUUGAAGAACCCUUCCGUUGCAAAUAUGAUAGGGGACAUUAGAAAAUUCUAGAAGAAAAAGGUUUUAAUCCCUUUUUGCUUCUUGCACACAAGUGAUGGCAUGAAAGGUUUCAAUCAGAGGAAAAAGGUGUUAAAUUUUAGGAAAUUCUCUCUAGAAUGGUGCUUCGCAGAAGGACUGAAUGUCUACACAGUACACCCAAGGACCUAGCCAGGGCAUCAAUUCAUCUUGAAAAUUAAUAAAUAAAAAGAACUUCUGUAUAA